UCUUUCUUUCUUCUUUCUUAUUUCCCUAAUCUCUCUUCACAAUGCCAUCAACCCAAAGCUCAUCACCACAAAUAGCAGCAAGUCAUGUAGCUGUGUGCACAUUUCCAUUUGGUAGCCAUCCAUUAAGUUUCUUCAACUUACUUCGUAAAUUAGCCACAGAAGCUCCUCAAAUUCACUUUUCUUUCUUCACCUUACCGAAAGCAAACUCCAUUAUCAAGUCAUCUCAAAAGAACUCUCCGUUACCAACUAACCUCAUGUCCUACGACGUAGACGAUGGCAUUCCGGAAGGAGUUAAUCACUUAACAAUAGAUCUUGCCGUGGAAGUCAGGCAUUUCCUCGAACAGUUACCGUACAACUUCGAAGCCAAAUUUCCUCGAACAGUUUACCAACUAAACCCAAUUCCUCUCACAAAUUAUCUAAAAUUAAAAGUUAAGAACUUACUCUACAUUGGUUGCUCAACUUUAUCGAUUACACAGGAGAAUGAUGGUAGUUCUAGUUCUGCAGGUUGUUUAUUUUCAUGGCUCGAUAGACAAAAAGUUGGUUCUGUUGUCUAUAUAUCUUUUGGAACAGUUUUAGAAUUGGAAAGUGAAGAGUUAAUGGCAUUAGCUGAAGCAAUUGAAUUUAGUGGUAAGCCAUUUCUUUGGUCUCUUAAAGAAAAAUAUAAAGAAAAUCUUCCAAAAGGGUUUCUUGAAAGAAGUAAAGAGAAAGGAAAGGUGGUUCCUUGGGUUGCACAAAGAGAUGUUCUGCAACAUGUUUCAAUUGGUGUGUUUGUAAACCAUGGUGGGUAUAAUUCUAUGUUGGAGAGUAUAUUGGGUGGAGUGCCAAUGAUUUGUAGGUCAGUUUGGGCAGAUAAUCAUAUAAAUGCAAAAGUUGCAGAGGAGGUGUGGGGGGUUGCUGUGAGAGUUGAAGGUAGGGUUAUUACUCAAAGUGGAAUUGUUAAGUGCUUGGAAAUGAUUUUUGAGCAGGAAAAGGGGAAGAAAAUGAGAUAGGCUUGUA